ACUUAUUGAAAACAUGUGCAAAAUUGUCUGUUUUCUAUAAUUAUAUUAAAUUUAUUAGUAAUGCUUUUCCAUGACAAAAAGAUCACUGUCUAAAGAACAGUUGUUACCCCUUGUCGUAGGAUUCCUCCAAAACAGUCCUGAAGUACGUUCGCCUCAAGAAAUCGCAGACUAUGUGCUGGCAAAUCUGAGAGAUACAGUCAGCGCAAGGGUGCGCAGUAUCCUGGAUGUGGGGACUGCCUUGAGGGCCUUCGUUGAAGUGGAUGGUUGCUAUGCUGUCUGCGGCCCGCUCCCUAUGUUAGAUGCUGUAGUUGACAACUGCUUCUGCAGGAGGAGGCGAUAUUGCAAGCACUAUAGCCGCCAAAGGAAGAGGAAGUUAGGAAAUUACGAAGAGGUGAUAAGGGAAAUGUAUGAGGAGAGAAGGCUUUAUCAAUGAGAUUCCAUUUCCAUAGUGAUAAAUAAAAA